UUCGAAUCUCACCGGCUCAAGGUUGACUCAGCCUUCCAUCCUUCCGGGGUGAGCGUAGUGAGCGCCUUUGCUCAGACCCUGCGCAGGUACACCUCUCUCAACCACCUGGCCCAGGCCGCGCGGGCCGUCCUCCAGAACACCUCCCAGAUCAACCAGAUGCUCAGCGACCUGAACCGGGUGGAUUUUGCCAACGUCCAGGAGCAAGCCUCCUGGGUCUGCCAGUGCGAAGAGGGCCUGGUGCAGAAACUGGAGCAGGAUUUCAAGGUGACGCUGCAGCAGCAAAGCUCCCUGGACCAGUGGGCCAGAUGGCUGGACGAGGUGGUCACCCAGGUGCUGAAGCCGCACGAGGGCGCGCCCAGCUUCCCCCGGGCGGCCCGGCAGUUUCUGCUGAAGUGGUCCUUCUACAGUUCCAUGGUGAUCCGCGACCUCACCUUGCGCAGCGCCGCCAGUUUUGGCUCCUUCCACCUGAUCCGUCUCCUCUACGAUGAGUACAUGUUCUACCUGGUGGAGCACCGGGUGGCCGAAGCCACGGGGGAGACGCCCAUCGCCGUGAUGGGAGAGUUCAGCGACCUGGCCUCCCUGUCUCCGGCUAUGCUCGAGAAAGACACUUUCGGCGCCCUAGGGCACGAGGCCGGAGCUUGCAAGCCCCAGGUGAAGCGCGAGCACAGCGACCCCGGCCCGUCCUUGCAGGAGAUCUAGCCUCCGGCCGAUGGGCAGGUCCUGUGCCCCUCAACCCCGACUCUGCCGAGAAUGCCAAGGCUUUCCGAGUGAUGCCCUGUGAGGACUCCCGGUCCUUACAGAUGACGUUGUGCCUCUUGAUUCCGUCUCGUGUUUACGGGUCUUCGCCAAAGACGGGCCGGUGUCCAGCAAAGACAGAGAAGGUCCUCGGCAGUCGGCCCGGUCCUUCUCUUUGCAAGGGCCCCCGGCCAGCUCUCCUUCACCCACCCCCAACCCCCGUCCUCCCUCCUGCUCUUUCUCUCUGCCUUAACUGACUCCACUCACCGAGGGGAAAACCUGCCGAGGUGCCACUGUGAUCCAAGUCUAUACGUGUCAAUUUUGCGCCUCGUGAGAGAAAGGGGGGUUCGUCCGGCGUCCUCGCCGACUCUUGCUAAAUAAAUUGACACUGUGGCCAAUCGUGA